UUGUGGCGGGGUUGGAAACGCACGCAAGGAUUUAGGGAGUAGUGUUCUUGUUCUUGCGGUGGAGAAGAUCACGAGCAAGGGUGGCGGAUCGAUCACCAUAUGAACUACUUCUUCUGGCUCUUGGCGGCGCUCGAUCUUUGCUUGUUUCUUGUGUGUGUCCGCUGCUCUAGCAAUUGACGCGGACGAGAAUUUCCCGCGAAUUAGGGCUCUUACGCUAGGGUCGCCAUGGCAGGAGCCAUUGUAGCGAUCUUCCUCGCGCUCGCUGCGAUCGCCGCCGCUAGGAUCAUCCAGCUACCCGAAGAAUCCCGAGAGAAGCGGCCGCUGAUAGGGAUUCUCACUCAGCCCGGCGAUGGCGAUGACAGGAGCUACAUCAACAGGCUGGAGCCCGGCGAUCCCAGGCGCUCCAACAUAUCUUACAUCGCUGCCUCGUAUGUGAAAUUCGUCGAGGCCGGGGGCGCUCGCGCCGUUCCUUUGCUUUACAACGAGCCUUGGGAGACGCUAGCGAAGAAAUUCUCGCUGAUCAAUGGCAUUUUGUUCGCUGGUGGGAGUGCAAGCUUGCAAGAUGGUCCCUACUACCGCGCCAGCGAGUUCCUCUUCAAGAGGGCACUGGAAGCAAAUGAUAAGGGAGAUUAUUUUCCCGUGUUUGGGACGUGCUUGGGUCUGGAACUUCUAGCCGUGAUCGUCAGUGGCAACCAUUCCAUCCUGGACGAUUACAACGCACACAAAGCUGCUGGAGAGCUAAACUUCGUGGGCGACUGGGCCAAAGGGCGCAGCAUGUUUACCUGGUUUCCUAAGGACAUUCUGGAUAAGGUGGAGCACGAGAAGCUUGCAAUGCAGAAUCACGUUAAAGGUCUAUCUCCACAGACUUGGAGAGACACACAGAGCCUUCGAGAUUUCUUUGACGUGCUAACUACAACUCCUGACCUGAAUGGAAAGAUAUAUAUUUCGACGAUUGAAGGACGCAAGUAUCCAGUAACUAGUGUGCAAUGGCAUCCCGAGAAGAAUGCUUUCGAAUGGGGAUACGAAGGAAUACCUCACUCUCCGGAUGCCGUUCGAAUUACACAGAGCGCUGCGAGCUUCUUCGUCAGCGAGGCUCUGAAGUCAAGCCACACAGCUUCUUGGGAAGAAGAAGAGCAGCUAUUGAUCUACAACUAUUCGCCAAUCUAUUCCGGACGAGACGGGAAGGGACACUUCGAUCAAUCUUACGUCUUCUGGUGAAGCAAUCUGAUAAUACAAGUACUAUUAUUUUAGCUGAGGCCUCUAAUCCGUCGUCGUCUAUUCCGGUCAGGAUGCCUGGCUUUCAUCCAGGCGACCCUGGUUCAAAUCCCGGCAACGGAAUUGUAUUUGAUCCUCUCCACGUCACAGGAAAGGAUGUGCACACUUUUCACAAGGGCAGAAUAAUCUCAACUGGCUGCCCACUUGCAGGCAGGGAGGACGAGUACGAUAUUGCAAGUUGUAAGUAAUCUGCCCUAGUGCGAUGCUGCGAGGAGUUAUUAGAGGUGAUGGUUGUGGUACACGGGAAACAGCUUUCAGUUCUUCCAUCUGAUGCUUUUCCAGAGCUACAGCUCUCAUAGCUUUGUGAGUUCGCAUCUAAUUUCUAUUGUUUAAACUUUAUAUUC